AUGUCCGAUCGAUUGAAGAGAACAGUAGAGCGGUUUAAGACCAGAAUUGAGAGCGGAGCCUAUUACGAAGCCCACCAAACAAUCCGAACAAUUGUUAAUAGACAUGUCAAGGCAAAACAGUAUUCGGAGGCGGUGGACUUGUUGUAUGAGGGGGCCAAUGCCUUAGCUGAUAAAAAAGAAUAUGCAUCUGCUGGAGACUUAGUAGGUUACAUUCUUGCUGUAUACGAAGAGGCCGGAGUCACUGGUAAUGACCAUAAACAGCGUUUGAUCGAGGUGAUCAAUAAGUUCCCCAAUACUGAAGAUAAUACUCUCAUAGAUAUCUCCAAAGAGGCCAUCAAAUGGUCAAAAACAGCAUCUGGAUCUCCCUUUGGCGAUUCGGAUUUGCAUCUGGUGUUCGGUUCUAAACUCAUACAACGAGUACAGAGUUUGAACCUGUCUAAGUCCGCUGAAGAUUCAUACAAGUUAUUCCAAGUGGCUGAAGUCAACUUGGUGUUAGGGUCUCACCAAUGUUUACCAUUAUAUGUUGAUUUUCUCUAUCAAUGGUACGUGGCAAGCGAUGGACUGAAUGAUCCUGGUUUAUAUUUGGCUCGCGCAGUGAUUAACUACGCGUAUUUGAAGAACAUCAAGUUUGUACUGGAGUCUGUGAACCGGUUUGUCGAACAGUUGUCUAACGCAAAGCAACCCACUGAAAUCAUAGAAACCGAAGGAGUCGUUGUUAAGUUCUAUGACAAUUGCCCCUUGUUAAAUUUCGUGCAAUUGCUUGCAUUGACAUUAUCGCGAGAGAAUUCCAGUGCCAAGUUCAUGAAGCUCUACGACGAAUACAGACAGACAAUUGAAGCCAAUGAACUCACCAAUUCCAUUGACUACUUGGGACGUCUUUAUUAUGAUUUGAAGUUGGGCAACGCUAAUGGAGGCAACAACAUGUUUGCCAACUUGAUGAGUGGGUUGUUCAAAUAG